GCCAAGGUCGGGGAGGAGGGCUGCGGCUCGGCCUGCGCCGCGCGGCGGGAGGCGACCGGAGGCGAUGGGGAGGCGGCGCAGUCGACCCAAGGGUGGAGAAGUGGGAAGGCGAAGGACGCGCGUUCCCGGGCUCGUGACCGCUGGCGGCCCGGGGAACAGGCGCCCAGACGGCCUGGGAGAGAUGGCAGGCGGCAGGGGCCGGCGCGUCGUGGGCACCCUCCACCUGCUGCUGCUGCUGCUGGCCGCCCUGCCCUCGGCAGCCCGGGCGGUCAGUGCUGGCGCCGCAGCCUGGACCGAGGAGAAGAAUCAUCACCAACCAGCCACGUUGAAUUCAUCGUCUCUUCGGCAAAUUGCGGAAGGCACCAGUAUUUCUGACAUGUGGCGAGAUGACUUACGGCCCCUGCUGAGAGAGCGAUACCCCGGGUCUCCUGGAAGCUACGCUGCCCGGCAGCACAUCAUGCGGCGAAUUCAGAGGCUCAAGGCCGACUGGGUCUUGGAAGUGGACACCUUCUUGAGUCAGACGCCCUACGGGUACCGGUCUUUCUCGAAUAUCAUCAGCACCCUCAAUCCCACUGCGAAAAGGCACUUGGUCCUCGCCUGCCAUUAUGACUCCAAGUAUUUUGCCCAUUGGGACAACAGAGUGUUUGUGGGAGCCACAGAUUCAGCCGUGCCAUGCGCAAUGAUGUUGGAACUUGCCCGUGCCUUAGACAAGAAACUCCUUUCCUUGAAGAAUGUUUCAGACACCAAGCCAGAUCUUUCACUCCAGCUGAUUUUCUUUGAUGGGGAAGAGGCUUUUCUUCACUGGUCUCCUCAAGAUUCUCUUUAUGGGUCUCGACACUUAGCUGCAAAGAUGGCAUCGACCGCACACCCGCCGGGAGCAAGAGACACCAACCAACUGCAUGGCAUGGAUUUAUUGGUUUUACUGGAUUUAAUUGGAGCUCCAAACCCAACAUUUCCCAAUUUUUUUCCAAACUCUGCCAGAUGGUUUCAUAGACUUCAAGCAAUUGAACAUGAACUUCAGGAAUUGGGUCUGCUCAAGGAUCACUCUUCAGAGAGGCAGUACUUCCAGAAUUAUGGUUCUGGAGGUGUGAUUCAGGAUGACCAUAUUCCAUUUUUGAGAAGAGGUGUUCCAGUUCUGCACCUGAUACCAUCUCCUUUCCCUGAGGUCUGGCACACCAUGGAUGACAAUGAAGAAAAUUUGGAUGAAUCAACCAUUGAUAAUCUAAACAAAAUCAUACAAGUCUUUGUGUUGGAAUAUCUUCAUUUGCAAUAGUCUGAUUUAGUUUAUGGUAAUUGCUUCUAGCAUCAAAUUCAAAAGUCGAGGCAUCAUUUAAAAUAAUCUGAUUCUAGACAAAUGGUGUGUGUAAACUUAUACCCUAUAGAUUCAUUCUGUGGGUGAAUAUGAGAUCAAGGAAUCCUAGAAUUAUUUUGUGUCCUAAGUUGCUCAUUAAUUUUCAUCUAAAGAUAAAAAGGGAACAUGUAAGGAAAACAGAAAAUAAAUAUCUUUUAAAAACUUCUUUAGAUAAAAACCAUGAAGUAAAAUCAGAUUCAUUUAUUCAAUAUCAUAGUCUUCUAAACAGUACUUAACUGGUUGUUGCAAUAUGUAGCCUUAGUUUUAUGAUUUUCCAUACAUGAGAAUCUAUCAUGUAUAAUUCAAAACAGAGAUGUAGUUUGAAGGCUCUCAAAUUUCUUUGAGAAAUCUUUGUAGGAUUAAUUUCAUGGAAAUUAAAAUCAGAGUUAAAUGCCAUGUGAAUUUCUUUUUUAUAUACAUAAAGAAGAAUUAUAUAAUUUAAUGCAUAGUCCAGUCUUUAUAGAGCUUCAAAAAUUUAACAUUUUUACUGUAAAAAUAAUAUUGUCUAUAACAAAAACAUUGGGAAAUGGAGAAAAGAAGAAAACUGUAAUUGCAUUAUAUUAACAGAAUCAACAUUAGCUCUUUAAUUUUUCCUUACUUUUUUUUAACGAAGAUUUUUCUUGUAUAGGUAUAAUCAAACUGUAUUACAAUUUCUUGGCUUUUUUUUUUCCUGUUAAACUAUGUAAUUACAUGUAUUUGCUAUUUUGGUCUUGGGUUGAGACGAAGGCACAAAAAGACUGAGUGUGAACUCUAGAGUCAGUAUUAAGGUAGCACAGUAGUAGCACAACAGUUAGGAUAAUUUUUGUGUAGGUAAAUUAUGUCAUAUUCAAGUUUGGUUGAUUACUUGUAGCAUAUUUGUUUUCUGGAAACACAUAGGCAUCCAUAGUUUGUCUCUGGCAAUAGGAAACAGUUAUUUAGAAAUACAAACUUGAUCCAUUGAACAAUUAGGAAAUUGAUCCUGUCAUGUGGAUGAAGUUAGUUGGGGCCACUGUUCUCUACGUGUUCUCUGUUCGGAGCAGACAGUUAGUAAAUACUCACAGAGCUAAUGUGCUAGGGCAGGGUAGAGAGUGAGACAGACAAGUUGAGUGGGGAAGCAGUGGCAGCUUUAAGUUCAGUGACAAUGAAAGUCAUCAGGAAAGUAAUUUACUUGUUAAAAUAUACUUUUUCAGGCAAGAAAAGGAUAAAUAUAAUUUUAUCUAGAAGACUAUGUAUAAUUGUAUAAAAAAUAUAGCCACAAUUACAUAUAUUCCAUGUUAUACAUAUAACAUUAUAAUUUCAUGUUGGUAAAUUUGUAGAAUAAGAUUUUUCUAGGAUUUCUUUAUAUCUUAAAAAUCUGCUUCUAAAGUUAUACAAUGGGAUAUUGUGCUUUUAUGAGUUUAUAAUAUUAAGAGCUAACACUUACUGAGUGCCAACUAUGUACCAGAGUCAUAAAUGCCUUAUAUGUUUUACCAACUUAAUCUUCACAAAAUUUCUAUAAGGUAGGAGGCCUUAUUUUAUUAAUAACCUAAUGUUAGGAUGCUCAGAGUAGUUAAGUGUAUUCUCCAAGAUCACAUAGUAAGUGGCAACAGUGGGAUUUGAACCCAAGCAGUCUGGCUCUAAAGCUUAUGCUUGGAACCACUAUAGAGAAUUGCUUCUGCACAUGAAAAAAACUUUGCAGAAUAUUCUUAGUGCCAAGUGCAAAGCAACAAUUUUAUCUGGAAAGUUUUAUAGGUCAUUCUCUUAAUCUGGGGAUGCGUUCUUAAAUCAUUGCUAUCAUAAUUCACCUAAUGCAAGCUUCAGAGGCAAUGUAGAAUGGUUUCUCUGCCAUAGUAAAGGCUCUUUUUGCAUUAGCAUGGGUAUAACAGAAAUCAACACGAGUGGUUCUAGGCUAAAUACUCUAAGCCAAAAAGCAGGAUUAAAGGGAGCUGAGUUUUCUGGAUUAACUUUUGGAUAAGAGAAAACAUUUGAAAGGAGUUUAGGGAAAACACAUUUUUUUUUAACAACAGAAAAUAAAUCGUUUAACUGAUGAUAUUAACACAGAAUGAAAAGAAGUUUUAAUAAGGAGUCUAAACAUUAGCUGACAGUACCACAUACAUAAUUCUGAGCCUAAAUGAUAAGCUCUUUUUGAGGCAGAAUGACAUUAAUAGGAGAUCUAUUAUAAUCUGUUGAGUUGACAUUAGUUGAAUUACUUUUAGAGGAGGUUGGUGGAUAUGUUGAAAUGGGAUAAAAGGAAAAAUAAAAACAUAAGCAGCUUAAUUCAAUAAAGGUUUUCUUUAUAGAA